AUGUUGUCUCUUCUGCCGGACCUUGCGCCUCGCGAUUCCCACUCCUUAUGGUACACGUCGUCCCGGAACCCUAGUGUGCCGCAAGACCACCAUCAACCGUCAACAGACACCGCCCAUCCGCACCACCCCUCGAACCAGCGCCGUAACGCCCACGUCAUCGACAGGUCGCCCCUCGCCCGACUGCGCGCCGACGAGCAGAACCUCGAGCGCCGGCUUCACAAUGUCUCGCAUUUCGGCAGCACCUGGCUGAAGCCGCCCGGCAUACCCAAGACCCUGCACCAGCUACGUGAAGAGCGCCGCGAGCACGAGGAACACCAAGAGGCUAUGCGCCGUGAGCAGCUGGCCCAGGAGCUCGCCGAAGCAGAGGCUGCCGGCGCUCCCGAGGGGAUGAUAGCCGUUGCCGGCGAUCCCGAUGCUGUCAUGCGUGAUGUCGUCGGCAGUGACGGCAUGGACGACGUGCAGCUGGACGGGGCAAGGGACCUGGACGAGGAUAUCCCCGAGGCCGACGAUGACUUCCUGAGCAGAGGCGACGAGGACAGCGACGAGGAUGGCAGCGCUUCUUCCUCCGACGAAGAGGCUGAACCGACUGGCACGCCAGCCGGGGCCGCCAGGACGGCACGGCUCCAGCGAGACCUCAUGACGCAAAUGAUGCGUCGCAAUCAUGACCAGCUUCGAGAGAGCGUGGGCGGCGAGGACGAGGUCGACGAGGAAGACCAGGAGCAGAUGAUCGAGGAGGACGUUGGGAACGGCACCGACAUGGGCAUGGAGGUAGAUCUGGACGACGAUAUCCCAGAGGCCGAAAGCGCGGGAGGCUACGAACAUACAGAUACGGAGGCCGAGCUGAGCAGCAGCGACGAUGAUGACCAGGGCGAGGUGAGCUUCGCCGCCGCCCGAGCUCCCCACUCCGUCAGGUUUAGAGGCAGCCUUGCACGUUCAGAUGCCACGCGCCACAGUCUGGCCAUCAGCGAUCUGCUGUCCGUAGAUGGCAGCAGCCUGCUUGGUAGCAGUCCACAAGUUCCGAGACGUGCCUAG